UUAGUUGAGGCAACAUGCGAUUGACAGAUUACAGUCAUAAGGGAUAGUUGACGUGGGCCAAAAUCCCACAGGAAAUGCCCAAAUUUGCUGUCUUUUUCCUCACAAACUUUCUUCUUACAUAAAUAACAACCAACUCUAGCUAUCCCCUCCUACUUGUACAGCAGCUUUGCCUAUUUGUUCAUAGGAGUUAGAAUUCAGGUCCCAACCAAAUGGGCAAAAUUGCCACCAAAAUGCCUAACUUUUGCCUGAACAGGAUUAGACCCCUUGUUAGGGUUCGAUCGCAACCACCUCUCCAGGCCCAAAACCAAGAACACUCAGCCAGCAUUAUUGAUGAACAGAAGCAAGACGGUUUUGUCAGUGUUGAUAAGAAGGAUGACUCCGGCGGCGGUGCAGAGAAACCGGCUGCGGCGAGUGGCCGGAAAAUCAUGAUCGUGGUUGAUUCGAGCGUGGAAGCCAAGAACGCCGUGCAGUGGGCACUUAGUCACACAGUUCAGAAUCAAGACACUGUUGUUCUUCUCUGGGUCACUAAGCCUUCCAAACAAGGUGAUGAAUCGUCGAGCAAUAAGGAUGUGAAUCAUAGAGUGCCUGAAUUCCUGACAUGUAUGAAGAAUUCUUGCCAGCUUAAAAGGCCUGAGUGUGAAAUGGUGAACAUGUGUGGAAUUUAUGCAAGAAAGGUGCGUUUUGAGGUGGCGGUGGUGGAAGGAAAAGACAAAGGGUCGUCUAUAGUGGAGGCGGCGAAGGUGGAAGGGGUGGCGCUGCUGGUGUUGGGCCAGAAGAAACGCUCAGUCACGUGGCGGCUUAUGUUGAUGUGGGCGGGGAACCGGGCACCGGCCGGCGGAGUGGCGGAGUACUGUGUCCAGAACGCUAGCUGUAUGGCGAUUGCAGUGAGGAGAAAGAGCAAGAAGCUUGGUGGAUAUCUCAUCACUACUAAAAGACAGAAAGAUUUCUGGCUCCUGGCUUGAUGACAUACAUUUCAAUUUAGUUAUAUUAAUAGAUAAGUUUGUUUUUUUGAUUUGUGGUGGAGAUGAUAUAUAUGAGUUGGAUUUGUACACAAAUUACUUAAACUUUUAACCUUCAAUUAGUUGUAAAUGAAACGAUUACAGCAAAUGACAGUACUCCCCGCCCUCUCACCACUUGAGUUGUUUGAUUGAGCUUUUCUUGAUUUUGUGUGGUGGCUGAAGUAUGUAAGAUGUAUAGUUUGGCAGUUUGGCUGAAUGAAAUUGGACUACUUCCCAGAAAACUUAAUGAGGGCCUCAUGAACUCUACACUAUGAAAGUGAAGAGAAGUUCUCUUGGGAUGGCC